AUGGACCAUUUUCACCGGAAUCCUCGAGACCUAGGCAACGUGCUGCCUAGAGGAAGUGUGCCUCAUACUCAAAGCUCCACGGCCUCCGCGCCGGACCUGCGCCCAGCAAAUCUGGGAUCCUGCAUUCAUACCAAUCUCCAAAAUGGAUCACACCACACGGCUAUUCAUGCCCUCUUCCUACGCGGCGCUUCCAACUCGGGGAGUUUCCAGCUGCAACAUGCCAUUGCCACACCCGCAAGGCAUCACAACCCGCCAAACAUGGCACCCUCUUGGUGGUUUCCUUUCCUCGUCCCCAGCGGGACUAGACGAACAACCACCGUCUUCAAAACAUUGAGACGAACUUCCAAAGAAAACCAAAAACAUGACAUGACACAGCUUCUAAAAAAUGCUAGAGCUUGCCGCUUUCUUACCCAGAGCGAGCACGUGUGGACAGUGAAGCAAGAUUAA